AUUCCGACUCACACGAACAAACACUUUUGAGGUUGGGAAGCUAGUGAGUGAGAGAGAGAGCAAAACAAAUCGAAAAGGAAGAGGAAAUGGCGUCGAACGCUGCGGUCCCAUUCUGGAGAGCUGCGGGGAUGACCUACAUAACGUACACGAAUCUCUGCGCCAACUUGGUGAGGCAGUGUUUGAAGGAGCCCUACAAAUCCGAAGCUUUGAACCGUGAGAAGGUCCACUACUCCGUUUCUCGAUGGGUCGACGGCAAACCCGAGAAACAAACCCUCCGCUCUGAUAUUCCUGAAUGAGGCCGGACAUUGGCAAACAAGCGUUGGUUAAAGGUUUUUCCAGCUGAAGAUCUUUUUCAUCUUUGUGUCUUUGCUUCAAACUGUUGUGGGUCUGUAAUUCCCCGAAAAAUUUGACACUGUUUUUUGUUUGGACAAAAUGUACUGGUAAUAAUGUGAAUGCUUGAUUUUUGUUUAUUUUACAUACGGUAUUGCAUAUGGUUUGGAGGAAUAAUUAUUUGGACAAGAGUUACCCAAAA